AUGCAUAGUCCAGAUGCUGCCUGUUUAAACCCCUCUGCUAUACUGUCCUUUGUCGUUGGCAGUAAUUUGGGAUCUAUUCCGUCAACAGUCAAUACCUGGCUCACGGGCAUCUGUUCCUCCGGAUCCUGCAGUAAUCAGUCUAUCUCAAAUGUGGUGACUAACCUCACCUCCGGCUGCAGCUCCGAACUUUCCAGCCUGGGCAUCACCACGUCUUCUAUCCAAAGCGAAGUAAUUUCCAUAGCUCGAGAAGUUUACCCCACCGUUCGUGAAAUUGCUUGUUUGAAAGAGCGAGUCUUUGACACAUCCAAUCAGUUAUGCCCUGUGGAAACGUUGAACAAUCUACAGAGCGUUGUCAGCCAAUUGAACGUUACUGAUCUGAGUGUCUUGAACUUGUUCACAGACGCGGAGACGUUAUUCAUUAAUGGUGUACAGAAUGUUGCGUGCACAGAUUGCAUGAAGGAGAGCUUUUCGAUCACAAAAGCCAAUUUCCCGAGUCUUGUGUCACAAGCUGAGCCCGAUGCACAAGCUGAGCCCGAUACACAAGCUCUAUGUGGAGCAUCUUUCCUUGAUGGAAAUUUGCCCAGCACCGUUUCUCAGUCAGCUAAUGAUGCCGUAUUUUCAAGUACCUCAUCAUCAUCAAAUAGCAAUGCAGGCUCCAGGGUACCCUAUGCUGCUUUUGCUCCAGCAGUCACGCUCCUUGGUGGUAUCUUUGUAGUUUUUGCCUUCCUGGGUUAG